UGAAGGAUUAUGCAAUCGAUAGAGAAAAGGUUUGAGUUUAGGUUUUAUUGUACAUUAUUGCUGUAAUUAUAAUCUAAUUAAUUAAUUGUUUAAUUAAAUAAUUAAGUAGUUGAUUAGAUAGUUAAUAAGCUAGUUAAUUUAUUGAAAAAUUAAUUAAUUUAAAGUUAAAAAAUUAUGAAGUUCUUUGCGCUCUGCUUUCUUCUGUUGAAAGACAUCAUCAAAUUUGGACAGCAGCAUUUGUGGCUAUCAACAAAUAUAACAACAAUAACAUCAACAACAGCUGCGUUGUAAUAACAUUUGAAAAUUUACUACAACAACGUUUUUAAACCUCUUUAAACAACAUCAACAUUCAAAAACAACAUCAACUAACGUAUAACAUUAGCUAACUUAAAAUAACAUCAACAACUACUACAACAAACAACACUGAUACCAAACCAGCCACCAGCAUCAUCUCCAACCAGCGUGCAAACAACAACAACAACAGCAGCAGCAACAACAACAACAAAAACAUCAACAACAACUAACAUCCCGUCAUCAUCAACAACAACAAAACAACAACAACCAUGGAUACUAAAAAAGGUAAUAAUAAAAAGGACGAUAAACACGGCACCGUAGAAAAGUUAACCAAGAGCCCAAAUACAGCAGCAGCAACAGCAGCAACAGCAGCUGUAACUGCAGCCACACAUGAUGCCGACAGAGACUCGAACACUCCAAGCUUAGGGAACAAAAAGGGCCGAUUCACCGUCAAAUUCCCUAUUAACAAAAGGGCCGCUGGGUCCGGCUCAAAAGAGGCCUUCACGACGGCAGAGAUGGCCCUCAUCAAACAAAAAUUACCCAACAACAAGAAAAACUUGUAUCUAUACGAUCACUCCAAACUAGGCACUCUCUUGGGCGUGUACCUCCCUACAAUCCAGCACAUAAUGGGACUACUCAUGUUCAUCAGGCACUCCUGGAUGGUUGGUCACUGCGGUCUACUCGAGGCGGUAGCCAUGGUCUUCAUGUGCUGCUUGACCACCUUCUUCACGGCAAUGUCAGUCAGUGCCAUUGCUACCAACGGCAUUCUACAAUCCAAACAACACAACCACAACACAACUCAACCAACCAAACAACAAAUCAUUCCUACAAAAGCUGGAGGUUCGUAUUACGUGCUUUCUCGAAAUCUGGGGCCCGAGUGUGGCGGCUCUAUAGGGAUUUGCUUCUACUUGGCCAACACCUUUGCCACCUGUCUCUAUUUGCUCGGCUCCAUUGAACUUUUUCUCGUAUACAUGGCUCCAGAGUUUGCCUACUUUGGGGACAUCCACCACGACCCGUGGAACAACUACCGGGUCUACGGCACCUGCCUCCUACUUGUACUGACCAUUGUCGUGGCCCUGGGUGUCAAAAUCGUCCAACUUUUUGCCCCUUUCUCACUAAUUUGUGUCAUCCUGUCCAUUCUAAGUAUCGUCAUUGGGGCGUGUAUGUCAAACCCCGAGUACAUUGAUGUCAAGGUAUGCCUAGUUGGUGACAAACUGUACAAGUACCCUGACAAAGAUUGGUGGAAGCAACAAAAGGAGUCGAAUACCUCGGAAGAAUCCGCCGUGCACUGCAACAGCAAUAAUAACCGCAGCAACAACAACAACAACAACUACAACAACAACAACAACUACAACAACAACAACAACUACAACAACAACAACAACUACAACAACAACGAAAACCUCUACUCCCACUACAUGGGCUUCGAAGAGGUGGCUCCUGGCAUCGCCGGCCACAUCGGGAAGGGGGAGGUGGUCAGCGACAUCACCACAAACUUCAUCAUCCUCUGCGCCAUCUACUUCCCUUCUGUCACUGGCAUUUUGACGGGGGUGAACAUGUCUGGAGACCUGAAGAACCCACAAAAAUCCAUUCCCAAGGGCACGAUAUUGGCCCAGCUGACCUGUUCAAGCGAGAAAGAAUGGGGCGACGGAAUGACAGGGCUUCUGAUGACCUUCACAGAACGGGCCCUCCUCAGUUUGGACGAUGAGACCCACAUAAAAAACUGGAGGCCCCAGAUUUUGGUCCUGGACAAAGUCGACCCUGAAACCAGCAAACUUAAUAACCCUGAAUUACUUAGACUUGUCUCGCAGCUAAAACACGGACGAGGUCUCAGCAUCGUUGCAACCGUCCUCACUGGAGACUACCUGUCUAAUGUCGAGAAGGCAGACUCAGUAAAAAAAAAUUUAAUGAGUGAGCUAUCGGAACAGAAAAUUAAAGGGUUCGUCAAAGUUGUAUACAGCAGUAGCGUUGAAGAAGGAAUCUCGUCUCUGGUGCAGUCUAUAGGUAUAGGUGCAAUGGUGCACAAUACGGUGCUCAUAUGCUGGCCACAUGAUCACUCAGCAGAGGUGCAACAUACAUUCAUAACCAGCAUCCGUUUAGUACACGCGCGAAAAUUGACACUAUUGGUGCUGAAAAGCCCGGACUUCCCGACGAAAUCCGAGAAGGUUACGACGACUAUAGACAUCUGGUGGAUCAUUCACGACGGCGGGAUGCUGAUCCUUCUCUCCUUCCUGCUCCAACAGCACAGGAUAUGGAGGGGAUGCAAGAUCAGGAUAUUUACUGUCGCGCAUGUGUCCGACAACAGCAUAUUGAUAAAAAAUCAGCUGGAAGAAUAUUUGUAUGAGAUAAGAAUACACGCUGAAGUGUACGUUGUCGAGAUGUUCGAUAGCGACAUAUCAGCAUAUGAAGUUGAACGGACCUUGAACAUGGAGUCGAGGGUGGAGGUGAUGAGGAAGGCUGCCGCUGAUGGCAAGCCUAUGAGCAAAUCUUCUAUAGAAAACGCGAAUCGAGUCUCGACGGACCUUCGACCAAAUGAGAGUGGCCUCUUCAUGCGAGACAUACCUCCGUCGCCCGACCACAACGCUGUCGACGCCAAGCCGUCAACGUCUCAGUCGCCACACACGUCGCCAUCACAACCACCUACUCAUUUCACAUUCACGCCGCUGGAUGCCAUGAUGUUGAAGAGGUCUACCAAUAAUACGUCUUAUAAUACAGCCGCUCUCGUAAUUUUAAAUCUUCCAGCUCCACCAGCUAAGCUGAACGCCGAAGAAAAUUACAUGUCCUACCUGGAGAUGCUAUCUGAGGGCUUAACGAGGGUUUUAUUCGUCAGGGGCUCUGGUAAAGAAGUCGUCUCCCUCUACUCAUGA